AAGAAGCUGCUUCUGUUUCAAAACAUAACAGAAAACAUAGCAUGAUUUCAUUGAAAGCCAUACAAACAAUUUUCACUACGACAAAACAUGACUUUUUUCAUAGAACCGAUUUCUUCAUCAAGAACAAAAACCACCGUUCAAGGAUAUUGUUCGUCAGCAAGUCAAAAGACUCUGAUACAAAUACACAGUCAUCAUCACCAGAACCCUCACCUGAAGGUGAUGCACGAAAACAAGAGCUUCUAGCAAGAAUUGCAAUGCUCCAAGCCCAAAAAGUCCGUCUUACCGAUUACUUGGAUGAACGAUCGGAAUAUCUUACAAAAUUUGCUGAAGAGGCCAAUGUCGAGUUUGACCAAGUAGGCGAAAAUGCCCUCAAAGAACUUGAAGAAGCCAGUGCCAGGAUAAUGGGGAACAUAGAAAGCCAAAUGCAAGCGUUUGAAGAAUCAGCAGAAUCAAACAAGCUGGAGAUAGAAGAAAACCAAAGGAAAAUAGAUGAGUUUGAAGUACGGUUCCAGAAUGAAGUAAAUGAAGGUCUAUUCUUCAAAAACUUGGGGCAAAGUAAGCCUGUUGAUAAAACACUGGCAAAAGAGGAAGCUGAAAAGCUCAAAGAAUUGACCAAGCAAAAUGCAGGAACGAAAACUAGAAGAAACAUUUACCUUGCAUUGAUCGGCUUGAUUAGCAUCUCUCUAAUUGAUUCCUUGAUCGCUCCGUCUUUUGAUUGGAGGAAAGGUGCAAUUCUUGGUGUAAUUUUGGUUGGUUUGAUUACACAAUUGACCUACGAGCAAAAGAUGUUAGGAGAAACACAGAAAACAGAAAGCAAAAAAAACGAUGAUGAGAAAGAGUGAAGUGACUUUUUGUAAUUAUAGUUUUGUCUUUGAGUAAUUAUAAAUAUGGCAUGGUGAAUAACCCAAAGUAUUAUCUCAAA